AUGUCUCCACCACUGCAACUAACCACAUCCACCGUUAUGUCAUACGCGCCAACCAGCGAUGUUCUCGAACGACAUGAAUAUGCUGUCAAUAAGAAUAGAAAAUUAACAGCAUCGACUGGUGGGGGGAGAGCCUGGAGCGAAGAGGAGGAGGUGUAUCUUCUUCAAACCCGCCUUCAAAAGAUGCCUUAUAAGCAUAUUGCUGCUCACUUGAAAAAAACCGAGUUAGCUUGCCGUCUUCAUUAUCACCAGCUGAGCCAUGGAAGCAAUCGUCGGAAGCGGACUAUGUCGGUAUCAUCUGUGUCCUCAACAGGUCAUUCUCCCAUCUUGCCGGCUACUAUCCCAUCUCCCAUCCAGGAGACUCCUCGUGGUAAUUCCUCUCCCGUGAGUGCCACUGGUCAGGAGCCCGACUCACCCAGCUAUGCGACCACGGUGCAACUCCCUAGUAUUGUAACGAAUGCUGGCACAUCGCCUCAUCUUCCCGCGAUAUUGCCAAAGCCGUCGACAAUUGCUCUCCCAAAUACUGCGCCCCCGGCUUCGUAUAACUAUCCUGCUUCGGGUCCCGACUCGGCUCGGUCGCUAGCGCCAUCCCCGUUUCCUCAGUCCGCAUCAAUUAGCCAGGUACCUGUUCUUCGACUUGACUGUUCCCUCCCGCCGCCUUCAGCUCACGUGGAUAUCCCUCGACUGCAGUCAAUAUAUGCUGCGCAUCGGUCAUCAUUCUGGAGUGCGAUCGCAUCUGAAUAUGGGUCGGGUAUUAGCCCAAUCGUCCUAGAGCAGGCGUGGAAGACAAGCAUAUUUUCUAUGGGCGGCCAAACUCCGAUUACACCGGUUACCAGUCCCAACGACCGGGAGAUUGUUUAUGAAAGGCAUGACAAGACCCGUAUUAGCGCUAUCCUCGGAAUCGAUGCCAAUCCACGAAGUCCGAAGGAGAGGGAGAUGGUUCGGCGAUUAGAAGAGGAACGAAGUGUUGGUGUAACUGCUGGUGCCUAG